AUGAACUCUGGUGAAAUAAAUUAAAACAUGAAUGAUGACAAGUCUCUUUCAUCUGAAGAUGAAGAAUAAACAUCUUAAAUAAUUGAAAAUGAUCCUACGGGUCGUUUUAGUAAGGUAUUAAAAAAUAACAUAUAUUUUAGUAUAAUGAAGAGAUUGGGAAAGGAGCAUAUAAAAGUGUUUACAGAGGUUAUGAUAAUGAAAGUGGAUGUGAAGUUGCAUGGAAUGUGUUUUAAUUAAUGAAUGUUUCUGGGGGUAUUUUAAAAUCUAGAUUUGUUGUAGAUGAAAUAAGAAGAGCCAAGUAAGAAAUUGCAAUAUUGAAAACAUUGAAACAUAAAAACAUUAUUAGUUUUGUUCAUUCUUGGUAAAGUAAAUCAAAGAAAGAAAUUGUUUUUAUUACAGAAAUUGUUAAUGGAGGUUCGUUGAAAAAGUAAAUUUGAAAGUAUUAUAAAGUAGUUAUCUUAGAAGAAUAACAAGACCAAAACUAAAAAUUAUUAGAUAUUGGUGUAAACAGAUAUUGGAAGGACUAGAAUAUAUACAUUAAUAAAAUAUUAUCCAUAGAGAUUUGAAAUGCGAAAAUAUAUUCAUUGAUACCAAUAAUAAUGAGUUAAAAAUAGGAGAUCUUGGAUUAUCUAUCUAGUAAUUAUUAAAUAUUAAAUAAGAGAAUGCAAUCAAAUAAUACAAGUUCAGUAUUAGGAACUCCAGAAUUUAUGGCACCUGAAAUUUAUCAUGGAAAUUAUGACACAAAGGUUGACAUUUAUGCUUUUGGCAUGUGCAUUCUAGAAAUAGUUACUGGAAUGAAACCUUUUUGUGAAUGUAAAGGUGGUACAGGUUAAAUAAUUAAAAAAGUAAUGGAAGCAUAAAAACCUUAAAGUUUAGAAGGUGUAUUAAAUGAAAAAAUUAAAUCCAUUAUUUUGGAGUAAGAAUAUAAUAAUUAAAAUUAGAUGUCUUAAACCUGCAAAUGAAAGACCAACUGCUACUUAACUCUUGCAUUAAUAUUUUUAAUCCACCAACAAUGAUGAAGAUAAUUCUCCUGUUUAAUUAAAUGAAUCUCUCUUAAAUUAGAUUUCCCAUGAUAGCAAAAGUAAUUAUUGUCUUUUAUUAUAUAGAUUCUUCCUACUUCAAAAAUAAUUUAUCUAAAAAUAUUAGUGAACUUAAAGGAACUACUACUAAUAAUCAUAUUAAUAAUCAUGUUACAAAUUAAACUAAUAAACUCAUUCUCUUUCAUGAUUUUAAUCCUAAUUCAAUGAAAUAAUCUGAAGUAAGACAUUGUGAAUAAUAAAAUAAGUUAAGCAUUGAUACUGUUGAAGAUUUCUCAAUUGAAUAAUAAUUUAGCAAGUAAUAUAAAGAAUACUAUGUAUAAUUUUAUUUUAACUUAUAGAUCACAUAAAAUGAUGAAACCUUGCAAGAUUUAGAAUAAAGACAAGAGAGAGAAUUAUAAUUAUUACUUGCUUUGCACAAGCAAUAAAAAGCAGAUCUCUCAAAUAAAUUCCAUUAAACUAACAGAACAACUAUACCAUAUGGAUCUUGUAUUUUGUCACCAAAAUCAUUCUCAACAUUAUUUGAAUUCAAUAAUGAUUAACAACAACAACAAUAAUUAUAAGGAAAUCAAUAAUAACAAUAGUUACAUUAGUCAUAAAUUCUUAAAGUCUUUCCUAUCUGUGAUAUCACCAAUUCUGAAGAGAAUGGAAGGAAAUUAAAUAAUAAAGAAGAUGAUAUGAUCAUGAUUUAAUCAGUAAGAUUCAAUAUAUAAUUAGAAACAACAAUGUAAAUUUUCUACAGAUGUUGUAAUGUAAUCAAAAGCUUAAAAUGUUAGAACAACUAUUUAAGGUUGA